GCGGCUGAGGGGGACGGUUGCGGAGCGCCCUCGGCGGCCGGCGGGGCCGAGCGCCGCGUCCCGAGGAUGGCGGGCUCCCUGCCUCCCUGCGUGGUGGACUGUGGCACCGGGUAUACCAAGCUUGGCUACGCAGGCAACACUGAGCCACAGUUCAUUAUACCAUCAUGUAUCGCCAUCAGAGAGUCUGCAAAGGUAGUUGACCAGGCCCAAAGGAGAGUGUUGAGGGGAGUUGAUGACCUUGACUUUUUCAUAGGGGAUGAAGCCAUCGACAAACCUACCUACGCUACAAAGUGGCCUAUACGACAUGGAAUCAUUGAGGACUGGGAUCUUAUGGAAAGGUUCAUGGAACAAGUGGUUUUUAAAUAUCUUCGUGCUGAACCUGAGGACCAUUAUUUUUUAAUGACAGAACCUCCAUUGAAUACACCAGAAAAUAGAGAAUAUCUUGCAGAAAUAAUGUUUGAAUCAUUUAAUGUACCAGGACUCUACAUUGCAGUUCAGGCAGUGCUGGCUCUCGCAGCCUCCUGGACGUCUCGACAGGUCGGGGAGCGCACGCUGACCGGGACAGUCAUCGACAGUGGGGAUGGCGUCACCCACGUCAUCCCAGUGGCAGAAGGUUAUGUAAUUGGAAGCUGCAUCAAACACAUCCCGAUUGCAGGUAGAGAUAUUACGUAUUUCAUUCAACAGCUGCUAAGGGAGAGGGAGGUGGGAAUCCCUCCUGAGCAGUCACUGGAGACCGCAAAAGCCAUUAAGGAGAAGUACUGUUACAUUUGCCCUGACAUAGUCAAGGAGUUUGCUAAGUAUGAUGUGGACCCCCGGAAGUGGAUCAAGCAGUACACAGGCAUCAAUGCAAUCAACCAGAAGAAGUUUAUUAUUGAUGUUGGCUAUGAAAGGUUCCUGGGACCCGAAAUAUUCUUUCACCCGGAGUUUGCCAACCCAGACUUUAUGGAAUCUAUCUCCGAUGUUGUUGAUGAAGUAAUACAGAACUGUCCCAUAGAUGUACGCCGUCCGCUGUAUAAGAAUGUCGUUCUUUCGGGAGGCUCAACAAUGUUCAGGGAUUUUGGACGUCGACUGCAGAGAGAUCUAAAGAGAGUGGUGGAUGCCAGGCUGAAGCUGAGUGAGGAGCUCAGUGGCGGCAGGAUCAAGCCAAAGCCCGUGGAGGUUCAGGUGAUCACACAUCAUAUGCAGCGCUAUGCCGUGUGGUUCGGAGGUUCCAUGCUUGCCUCAACUCCGGAGUUCUUCCAGGUCUGUCACACCAAGAGGGACUAUGAAGAAUAUGGCCCCAGCAUCUGCCGCCACAACCCUGUCUUUGGAGUCAUGUCGUAGUGUCAUUCAGCAGUGUUGUGCUGGGAACAAGUGUCCUUCAGAGCCCAGACGAGUGUGGCUCUGUGCCCCCUGAGCACGGUGCCCAUUGCAUGGGGUCAGCGCAGCCUUCCUGUAAAGCCAUGUCUGUGUGCGGCUGUGCUGUGCCCACCUCCUGCCCAUCUCCCCCUCCAGCUUCUCAUUCACAAAUAAGUCGAAGGAGUCCAAAUACCACUUCAUGAAUCAUUAGGGGAAAAAAAGGCACAAAAUAGUUCACCCCAGGGCAGAUGUGGGUGGGAGCGCUCAUCCUCCCAGCCUAUUUUUGUAAAUAAAAUGUUAUAAACUUGAAGUACAAAUGGAUGUUUAUAUUUCCUAUCAUUUUGUAUAUUAUGGUAUUGGUACAGCUGGCUGACACUAAGCCUGGGUAGAUGUUGAUGUGAUGGAGUGCUGUAAUCGAGUUUUCUUUGUGAGGCAUGUUCUGAUGUGUAUAUAGGCAAACAAAAUAAAACAGCAAACUUUUUGCCACAUGUUUGCUAGGAAAUUGUACUUUAUUGGAGUGACAAAAAUCUGAACACUAAAUGGUAUUGUAUGAGAUUAUUAUAGAUAAUGUGUCUCUUUGUUUUUUGUUUGAGCUGUCUGAACUAUUUUAUAGAAGAUGAUGGUUUGAUGUUGGUGAGUGCUGUAUGAAAUGCUAACUUGCACUGGUGUAAUAAAAGCAGUUAGAAUCUUUGUAAA